UCUCGAAAUGAAGGGAUUUUAAGACGUAUUCGGUCUGAAGUAUCAACAGUUCCAGCAGUUGUCGAUUCAAUUCUUGAUCGUUUUAUUUCGAUAUUUGCUGACAAAAAUAAAAAUGAACAAAAAACUAAUUUUUAUGAUGAAGAAGUAAUUCAAAUUGAUAAAGAUGAUGUUGGACAUUCAACAAAUCAAAAUAUAAAUAAUAAUACAAUAUUGCCAGACGGGGUUAAUAACUUUGAUGAUUCUUCUUUUCACUGCCCUCAUCUUCUCUCAAUGGAUUUUAAAUCCUUAGAUCCAUCUCUCGCACUUGGUUUUUUAGUUAGGGAUUCUUCUGAUUAUGAAAAUUUAAUUGAAAGACUUGAGUGCUCUUUAUUACCAAAAUCAUCUCCCCCUCUUUUUGAAGUUCUUGAAACCCGUCCAAAAGGAUGGCCACCAUUUUCUCUCGAACCUUCUUACCAAAAUGAAUCAAUAAAUAUUAAAGAAUAUGAUGAUUUAUUAUAUGAUAGUGAUGAACAAUUUGAAUUAUUAAAUGAGGAAUAA